GUGGUGGUUAAGGUUGACAUGCUAUUUGCUAUCCUGACUAGCUGUUUUAGUUUUACACGUGUUUCAGCUUGUGUCAGAAGAAGAAAGACUAGGUGUUCGGUUAUCUUGUAAUGAUCUGAAUUAACCCGUUUAAUAUGUUGUCAUCUGUUGCCUGCAAGUGCGUGAGAAACGGUAGCAAAAUAUCUGUUUCCAGGUUAUCCAUCUUUUCAGCAGCGAGAAAGUCCUCAAAAACGCUGAGUGUUACACGGGGUCUAGACUUUUCACAACACAAGUCAUGCAGACUCCUCACACCGACCGCUUGGCAGCUCCUCGGUGGACCCUCUGUCAGGUUUGCGUCCGUUUCAGCUUCUUUCACAGAAGAAGCAGACACGAAGGACUCUCCAGACUCGCCUGACCAAGAAAACUUUGGCUCUAUGUCCAGCGACAUCGCUUCCAGGAGGUCAUUCAAGAAAAGCAGCCCAGACAUCCAGGACCUACGAUACCAAGAAGAUGUAACAGGAAAGGAGAAGGACUUGAGUAAACCUCAGUGGAGAUCUAACGGGAAAAAUACGCCCUACUGGUACUUCUUACAGUGCAAGAAGCUGAUCAAAGAGAACAAGCUUCAGGAGGCACUGGAUUUGUUCAGCAUGGACAUGCUGAAGAGGGAAAGGCUGCAGCCAGAGGAGUACAACUACUCUGUCCUGAUUGGAGGCUGUGGUCGAGCUGGACAACUGAAAAGGGCCUUUAGACUUUACAACGAUAUGAAGAAACGAGGUCUAAGUGGCAAAGAUGCGACACACACUGCACUAUUCAAUGCCUGCGCCGAGUCUCCUUCAAAACAAGCAGGUCUUCAGCAAGCACUGAAAUUGGAACAAGAGCUGCGUCGCAAAAACUAUCCUCUGAGCACCAUUACAUACCACGCUCUUCUCAAGACUCAUGCCAUCACCAACCACCUUCAAGCCUGUUUUCAUACAUUCAAGGAGAUGCUGCAGAAUGGACAUACUGUAACUCAAGAGACAUUUCACUACUUGCUGAUGGGCUGCUUGAAGGACAAAGAAACUGGUUUCAGGUUGGCUUUACAGGUGUGGCGCCAGAUGUUACAUUCAGGGAUCCUUCCUGACUCAAACAAUUAUAAUCUGCUGUUAAGAACUGCCAGGGAUUGUGGUAUUGGUGAUCCUGCCUUGGCCACUAGCAUUCUGCUUAAGACUGACUUAGAGAGGUGGACACAGAGGGAAGAUGUGUCAGAGGCUAACUGCAAGGAUGUAAUAGAUAUUGACCUUCUGGAGAGGCAGUUGUUUGUCCAGCCUGAUCCACACAGUUACAGUCAACAGGACAGCAGGUUGCAUGAGGAGGAUGCCACCCAUCUCCCACCAGCCAGACAAACAGAAAAGUUCCCAGUACCUGUUGACAUAGUCGCUGAUUCUACACCACCAAGCUUACUAGACCUGUUUGAAGGGAAAAGAGGGACUGUGGUCUCUCUCAGUACUGUGGAUAAAGCGUCUGACAGGCUUGCUCUAAUUGGUGGAGUUAACGGUUUCCUGGAGAAGAUGCUCGCUAACGGACUCAGUCCAGAUCUUAGAACUCUGACUCUGCUAGCUGACAUGAUGGAGCCGCGUUACCAGUCUCUGCAGAUGUUGUUAAAAGUCGCCAAACAACAUCAGGUGAAGCUUGAUGUCGCAUUUUUUAACACUGUGAUUCGCCGAGCAGCCAGAGCAAAUAACCUGGAGGAAGCAAAGUCUGUGCUGCGUGUGAUGCGACAACGCAACAUGAAUGUGAAUGUGCAGACAUUUGGAUGUCUUGCUUUAGCUUGUGAUCGGCAGAAGGAUGGCCUUCAGCUGCUGAAAGACAUGGAGGGUGCAGGACUUAGACCUAACGUCCAUGUGUUCUCUGCUCUAAUUGGCCAAGCUACUCGGAGACUGGAUUACAUCUACCUGAAAAUAAUCCUCAAAACCAUGAAAGACAUGAGUGUGUGGCCUAAUGAGGUCAUCAUUAGACAGCUGGAAUUUGCUGCUCAGUAUCCUCCCAACUACAACCAGUACAAGUCCAGAAACAACUACCUGGUACACAUAGAUGGCUUCCGUGGUUACUACCAGCAGUGGCUGCGAGAGUUGCCAGCUCAGAGCAGUGAUGAAGAGCAGUUGGAGCUGCAGUCUCAGACAGAUGGUGCAGUGAUGAAAACAGAAGCUGCAGAUGGGCUGACAGAGGCCCAGAGGAACCAGAGAGCAGCAGCCGGGAGAUAUAAUUCUCGCCACAGAGAUAAAGCUGGCCGCACCAUGCCGGCUCUGGAACAGCACACAUGAAGUAUCACCACUCCAUGAAAAUCUCUCGUUGGUCUGGUUCUAGCUUUGGAAAGCUGGAUGGCGUUGAGUCAGAGAAGUCACAAUUUGACUUUGCAUGUUCUUUUUUUAAAAAAAACACAAACAAAACUAACUGAAACUUUAUAGAAAAAGUUUAAGUCAUGGUGUGAUUCUUGACAUUAACCUUUACCCUUUUUUGUCUUGUAAAUUGUAUUUAAUUUUUAAACAUCUGUGAUUAUUAAAGUGUAGACUGCUGUUCUUCA